AUGUAUCCUGUAAAAGGUGUCAGUAUAGAAAAUAGAAGAGAGUUGCCCACUGUAGGAAUCACUUCAAAAAAGAUGGAGCCUGGGAACCACACAAUGGUAACAGAGUUCAUUAUUUUGGGGCUAACUGAGGACCCCACCCUUUGUUGUAUCUUCUUUGUGUUGUUCCUGAGUGUCUACCUCACCACCAUCUUGGGCAAUGUCAGCAUAAUCAUGUUGAUCAGAAGAAGCCCUCAGCUUCACACCCCAAUGUACCUCUUCCUCAGCCACUUGGCCUUUGUGGACAUUGGGUACUCGAGCUCAGUNACACCUGUCAUGAUUGUGAGUUUCCUGAGAGAGAGAACUGCCAUCCCUGUGGCUGGCUGCAUAGUCCAGCUUGGCUCUGAUGUGGUCUUUGGGACUGCUGAGUGCUUCCUGCUGGCUGCCAUGGCCUAUGAUCGCUAUGUGGCCAUCUGCUCACCCCUGCUCUACUCCACUCUCAUGUCUCCCAGGGUCUGCCUCAUCUUGUUGGUUAUUUCCUAUGUGGGCGGAUGUGUGAAUUCUUCAUCGUGUACCAGCUGUUUAUUGAGCCUGACUUUUUGUGGACCAAAUAAAGUCAAUCAUUUCUUCUGUGACCUUCCACCACUGGUGGAGCUUUCCUGUACCCAUGCUUAUGUUGCUGAAAUGUCUCCUGCCAUCUCAGCAGGUUCCAUCAUCGUCAUCACCCUGUUCGUAAUCAUUAUUUCAUACGUCUACAUCCUUCACUCCAUCCUUAGGAUGCGCUCUACUGAGGGCAGGCACAAGGCCUUCUCCACCUGCACNUCCCACCUCACUGCAGUCACCUUGUUUUAUGGGACAGUUACAUUUGUUUUUGUCAUACCAAAGUCAAGCCACUCGCCCAACCAAAUUAAAGUGGUGUCUGUGUUCUACACAGUGGUGAUCCCCAUGCUGAAUCCCUUGAUCUACAGUCUGAGGAACAAGGAGGUAAAAGAGGCCAUGAGGAAAUUGAUGGCGAGAACCCAUUCCUCAUUUUGA